GGGGCUUGCAGUCUCCCCUCGCGGUCACCCCUCGCUAAGGCGCACGGCGUUCCAGAACCCUGGAAAGGAGGGAAGAGUGACCACGGCGCAUGGCGAGCCCGCGGCACGGAGGCCUCGGAGUGGGCACCUCAGCGCUGCUCCGACCCGCAACCUUUUGGGUGCCCCUUGACGUCGGGGUCAGCGGGGGAUUCUGCCCAGACGCCCCCACACGUCCUUGGACCUGAAGUCGGAGCAUGAAGUCCCAGUAGACUGAAUUCAUUUCCUCUUUAACUGAUUUCUCUCUUUUUUUAGGGGUGGCUUCAAGGCACAUUCUAAUUUGCGUUGCCGCACAGUUUUAAAAAAUGCAGUACUUCUGUAUCUCAUUGAGUAUGCGAUUACUGGCUAGUAAGCUACACCGAAUUCGGGGAAGCGAAUCUUUGGCCAGCACUGUGGCGUUCAGUGUCAGAUGAACACAAAUUCGCUACGUUUAAAUGUUUUAUUUCCCACUCCCUAAAAUAAAUGUCAGAAGUAGCCUAUGGUGUGUUGCCAAAUAAACAAGUUUUUAGAGAUACUUCUUUCCAUUUUAUGUGGUGUCAUCUGCAGUUUUCACAUUUAAGACAAAAUUGAGUGAAAGUCUUUGCAAGGUAGAAUGAAGUGUAAAGAUGUUUGUUCCUUUAUUUUACAAGGGUUUAUUGAGGGUCUGCUAUGUGUUAGAUGGUGUGGGAAAUACCCAAAGAUUUUCCCAGAGAUGCUCCUGUGUUCUAUUAUACCCAAGUCAUCAAUUAAACUGUUUACUAGAAAUUGCUAAAUUAAUGAACAUAUGGAAUACUUCUUAGGAUGAGCAGGAGUUUGCCAGGCAGAUGAGGAAGACGGGAGCAGUCUAGACAGACCUGUGUAGACAAGGUGCAGUGUCUAAAAGAGCUUGUGAUGUUGAGGAAACAGUUGUUCACUGUGACUAGAAUGUAAGGGAAUUGGUGAAGAGAGGAGGAUUGGAGAGAAUGAGAAAUAAGGUAGAGUGGGGUCCACUUAUGACUAGAUUUUAAACUUCAUGUGACAGUGAGAUGCUAGUAAGUUUUUAAGCCAAAAAAUUAUUUGACCAGAUUUGUGAUUUUGAAAAUAACUCUGGUGGUAGCAUGGAGGUUGGAUUGGAUUAGGGAGAAAGUGGAGAAAACCAGUUGAAAAACUCUUAAAGCAGGGGCAACAAGAACUUUGAGGCCUUUGUGAAGGCAGCACCUGACAGCCUGGUUUUGGGGUGGGGAUUCAAAGGCAGCACAGAGUACUGUAGUUAGAAAAUUGCUAACCAGUGUCUAAGAUGGUUUUGAUUUUUACAUAAACACUGUAUAUCCCACUGUACUCUUAGUUUUUCAAAUUGUGUAAGAAAUACUGCUUUCACUUUUCCAGAAAGAAGAUCUCAUUGUUGCAAAAAGUUAAUGACGCAUAGCUUGAGGGAUACAUGUGUCUCCUCCAUGUAGAUCCCAGUAUAAUUAGAUUUUAAAUAUCUAUUACAUUCGAAGUAUCUAGUCACAAGGUUUUUUGACAGAUGUUUAAGGAUUGUAGAACAACAUUUAUAUUUAUCAAGAUAGUAAAUGGAUGUGUUAAUAUAAUGAACAUGUUAGACCCAUUAACUAUUAACAGAGAUGAAUCAUUUAAACACACAGUUAAAACCAGGAUGAAAAUGCAUAAUUGCAUACUUGCUUUGUUUCUUGUAACUGGUUUCUUUAGUACAGAACUUGCUAAGGCCAUCAGACCUAUUGAUCGGAAGUCAGUCCAUCAGAUUUGUUCUGGGCAGGUGGUCCUGAGUCUAAGCACUGCUGUGAAGGAGUUGGUGGAAAAUAGUGUGGAUGCCGGCGCCACUAAUAUUGAUCUAAGGCUUAAAGACUAUGGGGUGGAUCUCAUUGAAGUUUCAGACAAUGGAUGUGGGGUAGAAGAAGAAAACUUUGAAGGCUUAACUCUGAAACAUCACACUUCUAAGAUUCAAGAGUUUGCUGACCUAACUCAGGUUGAAACUUUUGGCUUUCGGGGGGAAGCUCUGAGCUCACUUUGUGCACUGAGUGACGUGACUGUUUCUACCUGCCACGCAUCUGCAAAGGUGGGAACUCGACUGGUGUUUGAUCACAAUGGGAAAAUUGUCCAGAAAACCCCCUACCCACGGCCCAGAGGGACAACGGUCAGUGUCCAGCAGUUAUUUUACACACUACCUGUGCGCCAUAAGGAGUUUCAGAGGAAUAUUAAGAAGGAGUAUGCCAAAAUGGUCCAGGUCUUACAGGCAUACUGUAUCAUUUCAGCAGGCGUCCGUGUAAGUUGCACUAAUCAGGUCGGACAAGCAAAGCGACAGCCUGUGCUGUGCACGAGUGGAAGCACCAGCAUCAAGGAAAAUAUCGGAUCAGUGUUUGGGCAGAAACAGUUGCAAAGCCUCAUUCCUUUUGUCCAGCUGCCCCCUAGUGACUCCGUCUGUGAAGAGUACGGGCUGAGCUGUUCUGAUGCUCUGCAUAAUCUGUUCUGUAUCUCAGGUUUCAUUUCUCACUGUACUCAUGGUGUCGGAAGGAGUUCAACAGACAGACAAUUUUUCUUUAUCAAUCGGCGGCCUUGUGACCCAGCAAAGGUUUCCAGACUUGUGAAUGAGGUGUAUCACAUGUAUAAUCGACAUCAGUACCCAUUUGUUGUGCUUAACAUUUCUGUUGAUUCAGAAUGUGUUGAUGUCAAUGUUACUCCGGAUAAAAGGCAGAUUUUACUACAAGAGGAGAAGCUUCUGUUGGCAGUUUUAAAGACGUCUUUGAUAGGAAUGUUUGAUGGUGAUGUCAACAAACUUAAUGUAAAUCAGCAGCCACUGUUGGAUGUUGAAGGUAAUUUAAUAAAAAUGCAUUCGGCAGAGAUGGAAAAGCCUCUGCCAGAAGAGCAGGAGAAUCGCGCUUCAUUAAGGACCCGAGGAGAAGAGAAAAGGGCAGUGAGCAUUUCCAGACUGAGAGAGGCCUUUUCUCUUCGUCACACAGGAGGGAACAAGUCUCAGGGCCUGAGGACUCCUGAAACGAGACGGAUUUCUCCAAGACAGAAAAGAAGCGGACCGUUUCGUAGCGCUUCUGACUCCCUCUGCCUGCCGAAGCCCGUCUCUGGCAUAGGCUCGUCCGGCCCCCAGGAAGAGGCAGUGAGCUCAGAAAAGGGCCCCUGUGACCGCACGGACAGAGUGGAGAUGGAGAAGGACUCGGGGUAUGGCAGCACUCCAGCUGGCUCAGAAGGAGGGUUCAGCACCCCAGAAAUGGGCAGUCACUCCAGCAGUGACCGGGCAGCAAGCUCCCCUGAAGACAGGUUUUCACAAGAAAAUGUGGAGUCUUGUGAGAAGGUACCUGAAACUGCCCAUCGUUUUUCAGACGCGGAACGCCAUUUAGACCAAGAAGAGGGUGGAUAUAAGUUUAGAGUUUUGCCUCAGCCAGCUCAUCUUUCAUCCUCAAACACAAAGCGUUUUAAAAAAGAAGAAACCCCUUUAAAUUCUGACAUCCCUCAAGAGGUGGUUAAUACUCAGAACUUGUCAAUGCCUCAGGUUGACGUGGCUGUUAAAAUUGAUAAGAAAAUAGUGCCCCUUGACUUUUCUAUGAGUUCUUUAGCUAAACGAAUAAAGCGGUUACAUCGCCAAGAACAGCCAAGAGACAGUGAACAGAAUUAUAGGAAGUUCAGGGCAAAGAUUUGCCCUGGAGAAAAUCAAGCCGCAGAAGAUGAACUAAGAAAAGAGAUAAGUAAAACGAUGUUUGCAGAAAUGGAAAUCAUUGGUCAGUUUAACUUGGGAUUUAUAAUAACCAAACUGGAUGCCGAUAUCUUCAUAGUGGACCAGCAUGCUACGGAUGAGAAAUACAACUUUGAGAUGCUGCAACAGCACACUGUUCUCCAGGGUCAAAGGCUCAUAGCACCUCAGACUCUCAACUUAACUGCUGUCAAUGAAGCUGUUCUAAUAGAAAAUCUGGAAAUAUUCAGAAAGAAUGGCUUUGAUUUUGUUAUCGAUGAAGGCGCUCCAAUCACUGAAAGGGCUAAAUUGAUUUCCUUGCCAACCAGUAAAAACUGGACCUUUGGACCUCAGGACAUAGAUGAACUGAUCUUCAUGCUGAGUGACAGCCCUGGGGUGAUGUGCCGGCCUUCGAGAGUCAGGCAGAUGUUUGCCUCCAGAGCCUGCCGAAAGUCUGUGAUGAUUGGAACUGCUCUUAACACAAGUGAGAUGAAGAAACUCAUCACCCAUAUGGGUGAGAUGGACCAUCCCUGGAACUGCCCCCACGGAAGGCCGACCAUGAGACACAUUGCCAAUCUGGAUGUCAUUUCUCAAACCUGACAACAUUUCUCAUUAUAUAGAACUAUAGAUUUUAUUGCAGAUUUUUCUGUUUUGAAAGACAUGGUUUUAACCUUCUUUUUUUUGGUUUCAAAAUUAACCUGCUACUUAAAAAAAGUACCAGAUCCAUUUAGAAAUGAUCUUGAGAACCUUUUUAAACCAUGUGGAGCAUUGCUUGAAAAUUUUUUGUUCUGCAUUUGAAUGUGUGCAUGCAUGUGCGUGUGUACAGGCAAGAGCAUGUUUUACAAAAAUGGAGAGAGCACUUUGGAAGUGACCCAGGCCUCUGCUCUGGCCGGACAUGUUUUAGGCUGCAACUCUCAGCCCUUAACGAUGAUUAAAUUCUUAAUGGUUUCAUUUCAUAAAUUUAAAAUUAUGGCCCUUUUGGGUUAGUGGUUCUCAACCCUGAUGCAUGUGAAAUUUAAAAAAAGGAAUAAUCUGGAAAACCCCAGGGGGAUUCUCUGCCUGGCUGGAAGAAAACUGGGUGGGGCUGGGGUCACUAUUUUUAGAUGUCCCCCAGGACUGUCAGAGUGGCAAAGCACUGCUGUAGGCAAGGGGAAAUAAAAGAUUUUGAUUUUUUUGUAACUUUAA